UGAUUCAUAAAUAAUUGGUUUCCCAUUUUUUUAGUAUUUAACAAAGCUGCACUAACACGAACAAGAAAUUCAUAUAUUAACAUAUAGCAACGAUAACAACAGGACAUUGUGUGGGAAUCACAAAAUGGACAUAGUAGGAGGAGACGAAAACGAUGCCACUAUGGCGGAAGAGAGCACUACAGACCAAAAUACUACAAGGCAGCUCUUCGUGCCGCUGAACACAGACGUGAUAGACAGCAUUCCAAGUCCUGAAAUUUCAGGUCACACUUCGGACAUUAGCCACCAACCAGUCAGACAGACAACAGAUGGUCAGAUAUUUCAAGUGUACCGCCUUACCAAUGUCCGUUAUGAACAGUCCCAGACUGCAACUGGUGUCGCAGGAGCAGUUUCCUCCGGCUACCAGUCAGGUGGCAUCCAAGAAAGUGGGGCUAUCUUUCCGACAUAUGCUGGAAUGAGCGGACUCCAUACUACAGGGCCGGUCGUUGACCUAAGUAAGUGUUGCCUUUGUCAACAUCGUAACUUUCGGGCAAGCCAAAAGCCAUGUGGUCACUGCGUAUGUGAGAACUGCUGUGUGGGACACUCCUUUCAGCCGUGUAAACGAUGUGGUCGGAUCGUUACAGAGGUUUGGGCCAUGGAUCCGACCAUCUGAAAAUUAAAAUUUGAGGGCCAGCCGUUGACCUGCGAAAGCAUCGUCUGUGUCCAAAUCGGAACAUUUGGGCCAGCCACUGCGUGGACACUGCAUUUGUUAGACCUGCAUAGUGAGAUAAGCCUUUGUGGUGUUUAAAAGAUGUGGUCAGAGUGUUACAGAGGUGUUAGGCCAGGGACCUCACAAAAUGACAAGAUUAUUGAACACAACUAUCAUUUACAUGAAAGUGCCAUUAAACCAGGCCCCAAUAUCACGAAAAUACUUAUUAAAAAUAAGUCAAAUCUCAGUCUCAAUCUCAACUCAAUUUACCACAUUAAAGCAAAAUAUUAUUCAAAUUCUUGCAUGUUUUUAUUCUUUUUGAAAGCUUAUUGUCUCAAAGAAUGUGUUUUUGAGAGAUUUUGACUUUAUUUCAAAGAAAACUUAUUCUACAUUAUUAUACAGCAAAUUAUAUACUUGAGCUAUUAUUAAAAGGCAAUGAAUUUUACUCAAGUACAUUUUUGGCUGCAGAAUAUUUUUCCUUUGGAAUUUUGACAAAAGGUUUUAAUCAACAUAUUCAAUGAAAUCAUGUGGUUUAUAAAUAUGCAAAAACAUAUAUUGUUUUCAAUAAAUGUUGAUGUUAUAUGGUAAAAUGAGUUGAGAUUGAGUUUAAGAUUUGACUUAAGUAUGUUUGUGAUAUUGGGGCCAGGUUUAUGUUUAAACUUUCUGCUACUGAGCUUGUUUCUGUAGCUUUUCGCAUAAAUAAUGAAAUUCUUAUUGUUGAACACACACAAAAAAUGUUCUUUUUGCGCUGUCAUUAUAAUCAUUUAAAUCCCAAUGUAAAAUUACUAGUUUGUAAAUAAAGUCAUAUCGGAGUUGA